AUGAUAUAUAAAGUACUUGAAAGUGAUCUUGAUGGAAAUCUAAAUUUUUCAGAAUAUUUUUAUUUAUUAUAUUUGUAAUUCAAUAUUAAUAAUAUUAUUGUUAGUUUUUUGAUAUGUUUAUAUAUCCUGUUAUAAAAAUCAAAGGUUUGA